AUGAGAUCCCUCUUGAAGCAGCGAAGCUGUGAUGCUGAGCUCAAGGGUCCCGAGCAGAAGACGACUGCAGUGAUUGUGCCUGAGACAGGCUGUGAGAAUCCGUUGCGCACUCCGGCACUCGAGGCGGAAAACGUGCACAAAGUCUACGAUGCGAUUGCCAGUCACUGGAACCACACGCGCUACAAAGCCUGGCCCAAAGUGGAGGCAUUUAUCCGUGGCUUGCCGCGUGGAUCUUUGGUUGCUGAUCUUGGUUGUGGCAAUGGCAAGAAUUUGCCACAUGUCAAGGAAGCUGGAUGCUUUCCGGUGGCGAGCGACAUCAGCGGACCACUGGCAGAAAUUGCAGCCAAGGAGCACGGAGUCUGCUGCAUGGUUUCUGACUGCCUGUGUGCGCCGUUGCGCAGUGGCAGUUUCGAUGCAGUGCUUUCCAUUGCUGUUUUACAUCAUUUGUCCACCGAGCCUCGGCGAGUACAGGCUCUGCGAGAAGCCGCGCGCUUGCUCAGACCAGGCGGUCAACUCCUUGUCUACUGUUGGAGUUACGAGCAGGACGACCAGCGAUCGCGGUCACGGCACCGGUUCCAAGCCCAGGAUGUCUUGGUGCCUUGGAGCUUCCGAACGCCCGGCGUGAAGAAGGCAGCUGGAGGCACCUCGAAGGGAGGCCAUGACGAAACCCUGCCGAAGGACUCUGCAGUAGGUGACGAGGAUGGCGGCAGCUGGGAAGAAAAACCGCCUGUGUGCCAAAGAUAUUGUCACGUGUACAGGGAGGGCGAGCUACAAGAGCUGUUGGAGCAGUUGCCGGAAUUGGAAGUUUUGGAAAGCCUGCGACCAAGCCCAAUCCUGUCGCGCAAGAUCGUUUUCUUGCUUGAUGUGUGCCUGGAAGCCUGCUUCGCAGAAGCCUCAGGCUAUUUCGACACUGGCAACUGGUGUGCCGUAGCGAGGAAGCGGGAUGUGCGACAGUUGAUGUCCCCGGUAGUGACGAACAUUUGGCUUGGAGACUAUGCCUCUGCGCUGACAGUCUUGCAGCCGGUUUGUGAGGAGCAGCCUUGGCGCGCCCUCCAUGCUGCAUUGACACAACUUCUGACCCAGCUGCCGUCAGCUGAGAGAAAAUCUGCUGCCUUCGUGCCCAGACGCUUGACAGAGGUUGCAGUGCGCAGUUCCCCCUCUGUCGGAUUGGGUGUGCAACGUGUGACGGGCAGCUUGCGCGUCGAUGGUGCAGACUUGAGCUACGUACUGCUGCUGAAGGAUCCUGCUCCGGUCGCUCCCCUCCUUCGCGUGCUUCGCUUCGGAGGCAACGCCGAGGUCGCAGGCCUCUCUGCGAGGUCGCCCGAGAUCCUGCGGCUUGUGGAAGAAGGCGUUGCGGAUGUCCUUCUCGUGGACUAUCGCGGCUUCGGGUGGUCGACAGGGGUCCCAUCGAUGGCCACCAUGAGACGGGAUGCAGAGGAGGCAGCUGCGGCAUUCCCAUUGCUGCUGCAGCAGCACGGACACGGCUCAGAAGGGCCCUUGGUGAUCGUCGGUCGGUCCAUUGGCUCUUUGGCCGCCUUGCACGUGGCGCUUUUGGGCUUUGGAGAGGCAUUGGUGCUGGACUCCCCAGUCACGUGCCACUGGCCCCUGGAGGGCAUCCCAACCGCGACCUGGACUAGCAUGGGCAAAGCAAUGCCUGCAUGCCUUUCAGCUGGUGGUCGGCCGCUGGGCCACUGUAUGUGCUGCAGAACCGCAGCCAGCAAAGCGGCACAAAAUAGUCGCGAGCAGUGCUGCCUGGAUCCAACUGACUUGCUGGGUUGCCUGGACAUGCCGCUCCUCUACAUCAACGGAACCGCCGACGUGGUGUGCCCCGUCGCUCAGGCGAAGCAGUGCUUCGAGGCAGCGGCUUCGCCGACCAAACGUCUGGUCCUGCUCGAGGGCCUUGGUCACAAUGAGGUGCGACGGAUGCUGACGGACAAGCGUGACAAGCUUUUUGCCUUUGCAGUCCCUGGAUCCGGCUCGCACAAUGAGCACCGCUCUCUGUGGAUCACCCGGGAAGAGGACGUGUCUUGCGAGCAAGAGGAGCCCGAGGGACAGGCUGACAAUUCACAGGGGGACGAUGCCUGGAGGUGGAUGGCCAGCUCCGUGCUUGCACGUGCUCUUUCGUCGGAGUCCGAGCCGGAAGCUUCCAAUGUGGAGGAGACGCGAUCGAUUCCCCUCGCGAAGUUUCGUGAAGUUUUCCAGGGAACGGAGCCGGAGGACAUCGCGACCCCGCUGGACGAGCUUUGCGCGACCAUGGUGCCUACCAGGGCGCUGGGUUCGUGGGUCCAUCCGUUCAUGCUCGCAGAGAACACUUCACAUUCUGCAACGGGUGUACCCUAG